AUGUCACGCAGAAUCACUCGCUCCGCUGCGAGACUUGCUACAGACCCUCCUCCGCCCCCUGAAGACACCAAUACACCAAAUCCUGCCGCUGGCUCGGCUUCCCGGAAACGCAAAGCAGUGGCACGUCGGGAUCCUCAAUCGGAUAACGCCAACCAACCCACGACUAACUCUCCUCCCCGACGAUCCAAGAGACAGCGAACUGCAGCAACCACUUUCACUCCUGCUGCACCCGCUGCUUCUACGUCUCGUCGAACUGCUCGUCGUCCAGCCAUGUCACAGCCGGGAGAAAUGGCAUCUCUCACCGUAGCUGACUUAGAGUCAUCUUUCUCAGACCGACUUGCUGCGACCCAGUCUCCACCACCACGCCGACAGAAGAAGCGACCCACGAAAUCAAAUCCAGAUGUCGUAAUGCGAGAUGCCGAGGAGGACCUGGAUGACGAAGAUAAUCAUGAAGAGCAGGAGGAAUCACCAACUGGCGAUAGCAAUGAUGGAACUCAUCUCUCUGGCUUCGAUGAUGAAGAUUUGGAUUCCUUCCACAGUAGCCUUUUCGGUGGACGCGGUGCCAUGGGUUUACAGAAUACCCUUCGUGCCCUCAGCGGUAUGAUGAGUGGCAUGUCUUCCCGUCUGCGAGAUAUCCUUUGCAAUUUGAGAGAAAAGGAUAACCCCUCGAUUCAGCUAGUCGCUCUCUCAGAGCUCUCGGAGCUCUUGCUUGUUUCCAACGAAGACAACCUAUCCGGCCAGUUUUCUCCUGAUCCAUACGUGAAGGAACUGGUGACUUUGAUGCAACCAAACCAGUACGGCGAAGAGAACGCUGAAAUCAUGCUACUUGCCUGCCGCUGUCUUGCCAAUUUAAUGGAGGCCCUUCGAGGCUCUGUGGCUAACGUGGUCUAUGGAGGCGCAGUUCCCAUCUUAUGCCAAAAGCUUCUGGAUAUCCAAUUCAUCGAUCUUGCCGAGCAGGCUCUAAGUACACUUGCCAAAAUAUCGGUGGACUUCCCGGCUUCGAUCGUACGAGAAGGAGGUCUGACAGCGUGUCUGACAUAUUUGGACUUCUUCCCCACAAGCACCCAGCGGACGGCUGUCACGACUGCUGCAAACUGCUGCCGCAAUCUUCCUCAGGACUCUUUCCCUGUUGUGAGGGAUGUUAUGCCCACCCUUCUCAAUGUACUCUCUAGCAAUGACCCAAAGGUGGUUGAGCAGGGCUGCUUAUGCGUCUCUCGUAUCGUUGAAAGCUUCAAGUAUCGACCACAAAGCUUGGAGGAGUUGAUUGAACCUGCAAUGCUUAAGGCUGUCCUUCGCCUCCUUCUUCCUGGCACUACAAACCUGAUCGGACCUCAUGUUCACACACAAUUUCUCCGCGUGUUAGCAAUAGUCUGUAAGGCUAGUCCGAACUUGUCGAUUCAACUUUUGAAGAUGGAUGUUGUCGAUACCCUUUACCAAAUAUUGACUGGGGUUUCGCCGCCACAAAAUGUGGACAGCACCGCAGUCAAGAUGGACAGCGUCCUGGUUAUGCAAGCGUUGAUUCAUCGGCCUCGCGAACAAGUCCUGGAAGCACUCAAUGUCAUCUGUGAAUUGCUUCCUGGCGUCCCUAACCGUGAGGCGUCUCGGGCCGACAAUCUCCUCAGCUCGUACUUCGAUAAUAGCAUGUCCAUCGGGUUGAAGUCAGAUAAAGCCAAAGACAAUCCGGAGGAACGAUGUGCCUUGCUAGACCAGUGCAAACCGGAGCUCAAGCGUUUUGCCACCAUUCUAUUCCCGACCCUCACUGAUGCCUACUCUAGUACGGUCAAUCUCCACGUUCGACAAAAGGUUCUGAUUGCGCACCUGAAAAUGCUUCACAUUCUUGAGCCAGCCUUGAUCGAAGACGCUCUUCGCACAGUCCCCUAUGCCUCAUUUUUAGCAGCUAUUCUAUCGCAAAAGGACCACCCUUCGCUCGUUUCAUUGGCCCUUCGGUGUGCCGAGUUGCUAUUCCAGCGCCUUGAACAUGUCUACCAGCAUCAAUUCCAUCGCGAGGGAGUCAUCUCUGAAAUCGUCAAGUUAGCUGAAGCAACUCCAUCCACCGCCGAGGAAACCCACCCCGUCGGAGUCAAUGAAAAUAAGGUUCCUACAGAGGAUGUUGACAUGGACGCCGGUGAAGUUCCUAGCCACGGUAACAAGAAUGAUGACUCGGAAGACGAUGAUCUAGACAACGACGACGAUGAGGAUGGGGACGAAGAUAAUGAAGAUGUCUCAGACUCGGAGACCUCCUCCGUCUCGGGCCGUCAGUCCUUGGAGAAACUUGACAAGGCUCUUAACGAUCUCGUCGUUCGCGAUGCUCAUGCCUUCCUGAAGAUCUACGAAGCUGGUAAUGGUGCGUCUGUGCGAGAUGAGGCUCAAAAGAUACUCACUGAGCUUCAAGCCCUGGCUGCCAAAAUUCGCACCUGCUACUCCAAGGGUGGGGACAACAAUGGGCUUCCUCUCUUUAAAAGCCUAGCCUCAUACUUUGAUGGAGAUGCGCUCGAGAGUAUCACUAGCUCCGAAUUGCUGAACUCAGGUAUCAUUGACAUGCUUCUGGAGGUCCUGGGUGACUUCAAAACGCCGUGUAUUAGGUUUGCACGAUCUGCCUUCCUACAGGCGUUCAUGGGCUCCACAAUCUCCGAGAAAGCACAGAGCCAGAGCACGGCCACCACGCCAUUCAGCGUUCUCAUUCGCAAACUCCAAGAUUUGCUGAGUAGAACUGAGCAUUUUGAGGUCAUGACCGUUAGCCAUAACUCUUUGGAAAACACUCGCAGCAAUGCGGCAUACAUGCUUGGCAAACAACUUCGUUUGAAACUUGUGGCCGAGGAGGGCACUGACGUUCCCCGUCCUUACCGAAACCUCAUGGUCUCUAUCCAUGCCAUCGCUACUUUCAAGGCCUUGGAUGAUUUCCUUCAGCCACGAAUUGCUGUAUCGGAACGCCCACGCCAGUCUCGAACCAGGGAUGCAAUUAUGUCCCAGAUUGCUCAAGCAGCGCGUAUGCGUGAACAACUCGAAUCUGAUCAAGCCCCAUCUGGUGGAAACAGAACUUCUCGUACCACACAAACUGGCGGAGGUGCAACUGGGCUCCCAGGCGGAAAUAAUAACCAAGCACCACCCGCAGAGCCACGUCGACGCCGUCGAGGCGCUCCAUUACAGGAGGACGAGGAUGAGCAUGACGAUGAACCGCUGGAGUGUGCCGACGAGAGACAGAUGAGUGAUGAUGAAGAUGACGAGGUUGAUGAGGCGGAAGAGGACGAGGAACUCAAUGCGAUCGUUGAUGAUCUUGAGGAUGAUCUUGAAGAUGACCAUGUACAUGAUCCGACUGCGGUCAAUAUGGAAGUCGCCUCCUCUGGCAAGGUUACUGCAAGAAAAGAGGAUGGGACUCGCAUUGGCACUCCUUCGCAGUCUACCUCAGCAUCCAAACCUUCUUCAUCCGCACCAAGCACUAGUGCACCGCUGGCUACUGCUGGACGCCCAUAUUCCUCAUAUGCCGCUGCCAUGGCUUCCAUUCCCCAAGAUUGGCACAUUGAGUUCUGUGUCGAUGGGAAGCCAAUCGCUAGCGACAUUACUGUUUAUCGGGCCGUACACCACAACCGCGAGCACAUAGACGAGGCCAAGGCUAAGAAUAUCUGGUCUGCUGUUCAUACUGUCACAUAUCGACGCGUUCCUGGCCCACCACCGCCUGAGCCGUCUACACUGACGGAAACUAAGCAGAACGAUUCAUCAGCUACCGAUCGUCUCGAAAUGCCGGCUUCUCUGAGCAAAGAUGCCAUUACAGCUUCGAUCCUUCGCUUGCUCCGUAUCGUGCAUGAAAUGAAUGCUACAAUCGAUGAUAUCCUCAUGGAUGCUCGCGAUCAUGGCACCAUCAGUCCGGAGCCUCUAGCACAGUUCAUCAAUACCAAGCUGACUGCUAAGGUGAACCGCCAACUGGAGGAGCCAUUGAUUGUCGCAAGUAGCUGUCUUCCAAGCUGGAGCGAAGACUUGGCCCGUCUGUUCCCCUUCCUGUUCCCCUUCGAGACUCGGCACAUGUUUUUGCAAUCUACCUCAUUUGGGUACUCUCGUGCUAUGAUGAGAUGGCAUAACUCUCAAAGUGCCGAAGACAGUCGCCGGGACAUGCGGCGAGACGACCGACCAUUCCUUGGCAGGCUUCAACGCCAGAAGGUGCGCAUCUCACGCACUCGCAUCCUGGAUUCAGCGAUGAAGGUAAUGGAGCUUUACGGAUCGUCUCCCAGUGUUCUGGAAGUGGAGUACUUUGAAGAAGUUGGAACUGGACUUGGACCGACUCUUGAGUUCUACUCGACUGUCUCGAAGGAGUUCUCGAAGAAGAAGCUUAAGAUCUGGCGGGAAACUGAUAGCACCAUGUCAUCUGGCGAUUACGCAUUUGGAAAGCGUGGUCUUUUCCCGGCUCCCAUGACUGAAGAGCAAGCAUCUCAAGAUGCCGGCAAGAAACAGCUUGGUAUCUUCAAGGUGCUUGGAAAAUUUGUCGCUCGAUCCAUGCUGGACUCUCGAAUCAUCGAUAUCUCUUUCAACCCGGCAUUCUUCCGCAUUGCUGACACGCUCUCUUCGGUGGCACCAUCGUUGGGAACCGUCAAGGCUGUGGAUGAGGACCUAGCACGGUCUUUGGUCAUGCUGAACCAAUUUGUGAAGGCAAAGAAUGCAAUCCAAGAAGACCGAACUCUAUCUUCAAAGGAAAAGACCAAGGCUAUCCAGAACGUAGUUGUGGAUGGUGUACGUGUUGAGGACCUUAGUCUGGACUUCACGCUUCCCGGAUACCCAUCGAUCGAACUUAUUCCUGGUGGAUCUGACAUCUUUGUGACUAUCGAUAAUGUCGAUCAAUAUGUGGAACGAGUGAUCGAUAUGACUCUGGGCAGUGGUGUUCGUCGUCAAGUGGAGGCUUUCCAAGCUGGAUUCUCUCAAGUAUUCUCAUACUCCGCUCUGCGCGCCUUCACUCCCAAUGAGUUGGUCAUGCUUUUUGGACAAGCUGAAGAGGAUUGGUCGAUUGAAACCCUCAUGGAUUCUAUCAAGGCCGAUCAUGGAUUCAAUAUGGAUAGUAAGAGUGUUCGCAACCUCCUUCAAACCAUGAGUGAGAUGGACAACCAGCAGCGCCGUGAUUUCCUGCAAUUUGUUACGGGCAGUCCCAAGCUUCCUAUCGGUGGCUUCAAGAGUCUCACCCCGAUUUUCACCGUCGUGUGUCGCCCAAGCGAACCACCUUACACCCCAGACGAUUAUCUGCCCAGUGUUAUGACCUGCGUGAACUAUCUCAAGCUCCCAGACUACAGCACCUUAAAGGGGCUCAAGGAUCGACUGUCGGUCGCGAUUAAAGAAGGACAGGGCGCGUUCCACCUUUCCUAA